AAAGACGAAGACAGGGCGAGAUUAAGUCGCACACGGAGGAAGGCAAGAAAAAGAGGGAGAUCUUGACAAUCUAAUAAAACCCAUUAAAAAUGUCGGGACGGUCCGUGCGAGCGGAGACACGCAGCCGUGCAAAAGAUGAUAUCAAAAAAGUGAUGGCGGCAAUUGAAAGGGUCCGUCGAUGGGAAAAAAAGUGGGUUACAGUGGGCGACUCGUCAUUACGGAUAUUCAAAUGGGUCCCGGUUACAGAAACUAAACAGAUAUACAAGCCUAAAGUGUCAGGUACUGCGAUGAGGGGACUGAAGGGCUUUCCUACAGAUGUAGUGUUGGAAAACGCCCGCUCCGUGCUACUGGAUUUUCAGGAUGACAACAGCAACCAGAGUUUCCUAUCAGAUGCCUAUCUGUCUAAUACCAAAGUGGACAGCAGCAGCAACUCCAGUCCACAGCACGUAAGUGAGGCAGUGAGCCCUUCACACGCACCCUUCUUCCGUACAGAGGACUCCCAGCCGCCCACCCUGGGACAGGAGACCAUGGAUGCCGAGAGAGAGGCAUCAACAACCAGCAGUGAGCUGACGGAUGAGCCUCCAACUCUAAUUAAAGAAGAUGUGUUGUCUCUCUCUACUCAGGAGGAAGAGGAUGUGAUUGGAGCCCCGCCGCUUAAAAGAGUUUGUACUGAGCAAAGCUCAACUCUCAGUUAGCACCAUUAUGCUGAACAUUGCAGGUCAAAAGUAUAGAAGAGUUUCUGAAAGCGACUAAACUGUACAUUUAAGAGACUUUUUGCAACCUGCCAAAUGCCUAAAAUCACUUGUACAGUAAAUGAUCAAGAAAAGAAAAACUUGAAAUGUUUUCUUUUUUAUACAUUAAAAAGAUGUUCUUAGAUGUUUUCAGGGGUUUUCUAUUGAAGGUAAAGCAGUUUGUAU